GCUCCAAGUAAUAUAACACCUGGUGCCGACAAUUUCGGCGAACACGCAGCAGGUGGAUUGGCCGGCGUCGCCACCUCGGUAGCAGACAGAAACCCGCGACAGAGCGGCCUCGACGCCAUGAAUGGUACAAACGGAUACGGGCAUGGCCAUGGCCAAGCCUAUGAGCAAGGGCAAGGGCAACAUGGCUAUGAUCAUCAGGCCUACCCAGACCAGUCCUACUAUGGCCAUGGUCAAGGGUACGACCGAGGCUACGACCAGAGCUACGGUCAGCUGGAACAUGACUAUACUGCCUUCCCUCCCGGCCAGGCUACACCCUCCAGAAGUCAACAUAGCUUUGCUAGCGACCCGUUUGACGAUGGACGGUAUUCAUACGGCCAGCGACUCGACCCAAGACUAGGCCAGGUAAAUCCCAAUGACAUUAUGGAUGACGGGGAUGAAGGUCUCGAAUACACGGGUCGCUCGGCACGAACCAGCAGGCUCAAUCUCGGGAACAACUCAAGCCGCUCAAGCCAGGUCGGUGGUACUGGCGCCGCAGCUGGAACGGCCGGCGCGGCUGGCGCAGGGGCAGCUGGAGUAGCAGCUGGGUUACUAGGAGCCAAGGGUAGCUCCGGGUAUCAAGGUGCUGGAGCUAACGAAUAUGAUCUUGGAGCACAUGGAGCCAAGGAACAGUCGGAAUGGAUCAAGAAACAGGAAGGCGGCAAGAAGAGGUGGAAGUGGUUGAUCAUCGUCGCUGUCGGCUUAAUUGUCGCUGGCGGCAUUGCCGGAGGAGUGGUCGGCGCUCUCAUGAACAAGAAGUCCAGCAGCAACGGUCAAUCUGCCAGUCAAGACUCGGACGCAAACGGCGACCUCAGUAUCAACUCCACUGAGAUCCAGGCCCUACUUAACAACGCGAACCUGCACAAGGUGUUCCCUGGUGUUGACUACACACCAAUCAACACGCAAUAUCCCGAUUGUAUAUCGAACCCGGCCUCACAGAACAACAUUACCCGUGAUGUGGCCGUCCUCAGUCAGCUUACAAAUGUCAUCCGCCUGUACGGUACUGACUGCAACCAGACGGAAAUGACCAUACACGCAUUGAAGCAGCUCGAAAUGGAGGAUGACAUGAGGAUCUGGUUGGGUGUGUGGCAGGAUGCCAACACAACGACCAAUGAUCGUCAGCUCUCACAGAUGUGGGAUAUUCUAGAUAACUACGGCGACAAGUAUUUUGAAGGUCUCAUUGUUGCCAACGAAAUUCUUUUUCGCAAGCAGAUGAACAUAACCGACCUUGGCGAUCUUCUGGAUAGCGUUCGAAACAACGUGUCAGACAUGAACCUCAACCUCAAGGUCGCGACUUCAGAUCUCGGAGAUAACUGGACAGCGGAACUCGCGUCAAAGAGUGAUGCCAUCAUGUCCAACAUUCACCCAUUCUUUGGAGGCAUCAACGAAAAGCAAGCCGCUUCGUGGACCUGGUCUUUCUGGCAGAACCACAAUACCGGUUUCAUGAAGACAGAUGCUGUCGAUAAUAUCAUAUCGGAGAUCGGAUGGCCAUCACAGGGUGGCACGGAUUGCGGUAGUGAUACCGUCACCGACUGUCCUGAUGCAGCUGUUGCUAGCGUUGAUGGCAUGAACCAGCUAAUGGAAGACUGGGUUUGCGAUGCGCUGACCAAUGGCACCAACUACUUUUGGUUUGAGAUGUUUGACGAACCUUGGAAGAUCAUGUUCAAUACCGAUAGCGAGAACUGGGAAGACCACUGGGGAUUGAUGGAUGUCAACCGUAACCUCAAGAAUGGCAUUAAGAUCCCAGAUUGUGGAGGAAAGACAGUG